UUCCAUGCACACUUCAUUUAAACAGCAGUUUCAUUCCUAAGUGCCUUGACAAAAAUCCCAUCCCAUUGAUUUAAUUUACUUCCUAGUUUAAUUAUGAUAAAUUGCCGAAGCAAUUACCACCAUGAAAAUAGUAGAUUCUUAUAAUGUUCUGACGUUGUACAUUUUCUUUUCCUUUUUUUAAAAGUAGUUAUUAGCAGCUAGUUCCACUAGUUUGUCUGUUGUUGUUCCCAAUUCCCCCCCCUCCCCUUACAGUGUAAAAUGAAACUAAAGGGUUUUUUUCCACUUUCAUUGAGUUGCACUACUCUCAAGCAGCUGACUUUUUUCUGUGUUGAUAGAAGGUUGCUCUGAAGGGGCAGAGCAUUAAGCAAAUCCAGGACAGUGGGCAGUCAAUGAAAUGCUAGAGGCGUUAUAUUAUCGCCUAUAUAAAAACGGAUUGCUCUCUCAGAAUUUCAGUGAAAUAGGGAUAGUUUAUGAAUUCUUUGGCAUCUAUAUGAUUGUGCCUCCACUGUCAGAUUCAUUUCUGGAUUCUUACCUGCAAUUUUCCUGCCAAUUUCUGCAGGGAGGAAAUUGAAGUAAGGAACACCAUGCGUCUGGCAAAAAUAUGAGAAGGCUCAAGGCGUUAAGGAAAGCUCAUCUAAAUAAAGGCGGGUUAAAGUGACAUUGCAGUUACCUAAUCCUGUAUUGUCCUGCCAUGUGACUCCGGCGAUACAGAGGCGCAGCGUUUCUUUUGCCUGGUGCACAGAUUAUGCUUUUCCUGUCAUCUUCCAAGAUCAGUUGCUUCGUUAAACCAGCGAUGGGAAGGAAACAGAGGAGCAACAGACUAUUUACAGCAAAGCUUCGAGGCAGUCAUUUCCAAGGCACGGUGACAAGCUCGCAGGCUGAAGAAUGAAUCAAACUAAAACCCUGCAUUCAGCUUUUGGACUGGUACCAGAGUCAAGAGCUAUGCUCUUAAGGUCAGCUAUUCAAAAUGAACUGGAAGCAUCUGGGUUUAUUCAGGGCAGUUAAUCAGCUAUUUGUUUGACCUUUUUCUGUCAAGUUAGUUUUCAAAGCAGAGAGCUAAAGCCUGAAAAUUUGUGUCAAAUAUUUUGCAUUUGUGUCAAAGGUACUAUACAGAACGUGAGCAACUCGCCACUCUUGUGCAUAAAGCUUUCUGUUUUAACUGCAAAGCCUCUUUUACCUUGUAGAUGAAGAUCCUGACACGGUAAAUCUGUUAGUGGGAGAUGGACAUAAAUAGCUUCAAGUUUUGUCCCCAGUUUUGGACAAAAUUGCAAGAUGUAAAUACAGCAGAUUUGUUUUCAAGGUAAUUUCCAGACUAAUCUUUGGACUUCUGAUAAGCUGAUUUUUUUUUUUUUUCCCCUGUUUGUCACCGUGUCCAUUACAUGUGGAAUUGUAUAUUCAUGAGAAUUAUUUCACUUCAUUAAACUGCUUAUUGAGGCGUUUUGUUAAAUGGGGAAGUGAUCACCCUACAGACUAUGACAACAGGAUAUGUGAAUGGAGGAGGUCUUGGAAAGCACCGCUAUGCCAGGUGGAAUCGUGAGGACAGCGGAGAGGACUACGGACACGAGGAGUGCUGUGGAGGAGACGAAGAGGGCAGGCAGCAGAGGCUGACCCCGUUUGAGAAACUAAUGCAGGAUAUGUCCCAGAAUGAAAAAGUGGUGAAAGAAUUAACCUUGGGAAAGAGAAUUGGCUUCUAUCGAGUCAGAGGAGAAAUAGGAAGUGGGAAUUUCUCACAGGUGAAACUUGGAAUUCAUUCCCUGACCAAAGAGAAAGUAGCUAUUAAGAUUUUGGACAAGACAAAACUAGACCAGAAGACUCAACGUUUGCUGUCUUGUGAGAUAUCCAACAUGGAAAAACUGCACCACCCAAACAUCAUCAGGCUGUAUGAAGUGGUGGAGACGCUCUCAAAACUGCACCUGGUGAUGGAGUAUGCAGGAGGUGGGGAGCUCUUCACUAAAAUCACUACAGAAGGGAAGCUAUUAGAAACAGAGUGUAAAAUAAUCUUCUCCCAGAUUGUCUCUGCUGUGAAGCACAUGCAUGAGAAUAAUAUCAUUCACCGAGACCUGAAAGCAGAAAAUGUUUUCUACACCAGUAACACUUGUGUUAAGGUGGGAGACUUUGGAUUCAGCACCAUCAGUAAGAGAGAUGAAACUUUAAAUACUUUCUGUGGUUCUCCUCCUUAUGCUGCCCCUGAACUCUUCCGAGAUGAAAACUAUGUCGGCAUUUAUGUUGACAUCUGGGCGCUAGGAAUCCUGUUGUACUUCAUGAUGACGGGUAUCAUGCCAUUUCGAGCAGAUACAGUGGCCAAACUGAAAAAGUGCAUUCUUGAAGGGACAUACAGUUUGCCUGCCUCCCUCUCAGAGCCUUGCCAGAAACUGAUAAAAGGAGUCCUUCAGCCAGUACCAACAGAACGAUACUCUGUCAAACUUAUUAUGAACAGUGAAUGGAUGCAGGGGAUACAAUACCCUAAGCCUUUACAGCCAUUUAAACUGGAUCCAAAGUAUUUGUCUGAGAUCAGUACACUCAAAGAGGAAGAACUUGAAGUCAAAAACACUCUGAAAGAUCUGGGAAUCACAGAAGAACACAUUCAAAAUAACCGGGGAAGAGACGCACGCAGCUCAGUAACAGGAGUCUACAGAAUUGUUUUACACAAAGUUCAGAAGAAAAGGGCACUUGAAUGUGUCCCUAUAAUGUCCUGUCCAGAUCCCAAAGAACAAGACUUGAAGAAAGGAAUCAAUUCUUACGGUGGGAUAAAGUACACAUCAAAGCUGUGUUCUAUUUUGUAAACUGCACUGCAGGCUUUAUACUCAGCACACUUAAAGGGUUUUAAUUACUUUUCACAAGUUUUGGUGUUAACAUUUUUUGUAACUUUUAAAUAAACCAAAUAUGCCUCGUCUCCUUUGUAUUUCUCGGUUCAAACUUGAAGUGUUCAAAUGCAGAGCUCUAAUGCACUUAGUUUUCCCUUUGCUCCAGAGACAUGGUCUAGCCAGUGCAAGAACUCAGGUAAAACAGGUAUGAGAUAAAUAGCUGAAGUAAUCUUUUAAUAAAGAUCAAAUAAUACUGCACUUAACACGCCUCGGAGAUCUCUAAGCACACACGUGUCACAAUUGACUUCUCAAAAAGUUACCUUAGCUUGACACAACUCUACCACUGAGAGCAGAACAGUUUUCACAGAGAACAGCCAAUCUGCAAACAACUGUAAAUUCUUAAAAAAAA